GCGUCCCGCCGAGGUUCCGCUCGCGUCCCGUCCUCUCCCCACGCUCCCGGCGGCUCCGGCUCGGGCAGGCGAGCGCGGCUCUCCUGAGGCCGCGAUGCGCUCGGCCUGAGCGCUCCCUCGCCGCCCCCCCCCGGUUUGGGCCUCUGCGGGGCAGGGGGCCGCGAUGGCUGCGGGGAGCUGGCAGGAGGCGGCGGCCCAGCAGGCCGAGGAGGCGGCGGCCCGGGUGCGGGACGUCCUGUCGGGCGGCCUGGGCCUGCUGCGUGCCGAGCUGGGCCUUGAGCUGGGCCUCGACCCGCAGGGCCUGCCCACCUGGCUCGCCCUGGUGGUCCCGGCCGCCCUGGGGCUGGGGCUGCUGGGGCUGCUCCUGGCCGUGGCCUGCGCAGGCGGCCUCCGAAAGAAGCCAGCGCGGAGCGCGGCGGAGAAGAAGGGUGAUGAGGCGGCCGGCGCGGGCCUGACAGCCGGUGGAGGUCAAGGCAAGGCGGCGGGUCCGGGUCCCGGGCAGCUGCACCUGAAAGGCGACGAGCAGAAGAAGCGAAACAAGAAGAAGCUGCCGGAGAAAACGGCGCGGGUGAGGGGGGCUGCGAGGGCCGCGCCGCUCGGGAGGGAAGGGCCUAAUGGACGGUCUUUCCUUGAUGUAUCUGAGGAUGAAGUAAUACAAACUGUGCGUAAAGAAAAUAUAAAGCAGCCUGUGGACACAGAAAAGAAGAAUGAAAAGUCAAAGAAAAAAAAGAAAUCAAAAGGAGAUGCUAAAACGGUUCAGGAUAUGUCACGUCUAGAUGGAAAGGAAGUUGAUGAAGGAACCUGGGAAACAAAAAUCAGUAACAGAGAGAAGCGACAGCAGCGUAAGCGAGACAAGGUGCUGACCGACAGUGGCUCAGGAGAAUCAAAUCUCCAAGGAGUGGAAAAUACAGUUACUGUAUCCAUUGAACAACUGAUGCCUACAUCAUCACUUCCGGUUGUUCUCAGAAAAAAUAAAGGUGAUACGCUUCUGAAUGCGCAAGUUAGCAGCUCUAAACCUGCAAAGGGGGAGUCAUCUAUUCCACAAGUUUCUCCAGGAUUGAGUGAAAGCCAUACAGUAAAUGGAGGAAGCUGGAAUGAGAAGUCUGUAAAAAUCUCCUCACAGAUUGGUGUAGGGGAGGAGAAAUGGACAUCUGUUCCUUCAACUGCAGCUGGGAAGAGGAAGACUGAGACAUCGGCUUGGGGCCAGGACACUGGCGAUGCCAAUGGAAAUGGAAAGGACUGGGGUGUAACCCUGGUGGGCAGGCCCUGGAAAGAGCGUUCUUUGUUCACUCCUAUUGCUGCUUGGAAUGUGGAUGCAAGGAUUAAUACCUCUGAACAGAAUUCUACGUCUUUCUCUUCAUUUGGAUUAACUCCUGGAGUUUCUGGAUCCAACAGUGAGUCAGUUUCUCAGGCUGGUACUUCUGAUUUUCAGUGGGAUUUAAGUCAUGCUCAACCCCCUGUUGAUGACGAAUGGUCUGGGUUAAAUGGACUUUCUUCAGCUGAUCCCAGCUCUGAUUGGAAUGCACCAGCAGAGGAGUGGGGAAACUGGGUAGAUGAAGAAAAAGUUGCUUCUGUUCCUCAACCUGAAGAGAUAUCUGAUGUUCAGAAGGCUUCAGAUAAUGAAAGAGAAAAAGCAGAGCCAAUUCUUCAGAGUUCUACAAGUGGCAAAUCCAAGAAAAAGAAGAAGAAAAAGAAGAAGCAGGGUGAAGAAGCUAACUCUCCUGCGCAGGACACUGAAGAACUGGAUAGAGAAGCUGGAGAGGAAUUUCAGGAGGAUACCUCAAAAGUUCGACCACAGCAGGAAAUAGCUUUUUCUCUGAAGACCAUAAGUACUAGUGAACCAGCUAAGCCUGAGGAGGCUCCUUCGCUUGCUGUUUCUACUGAGCCAUCUGUAAUUGUAUCAGAGAGCGAUUCUGACAAGAUCGCUUCCCAAGUGCCACAGAUGCUGCAAGAGACAGAUGUUUCUAGUCCCAAUAUUAAGCAAAACAGUGUGCCUCCUCCACAGACAAAGUCUGAAGAAAGCUGGGAAUCCCCCAAACAAGUUAAAAAGAAGAAAAAAGCAAGAAGGGAAACGUGAAUUUCCUGAGAUGGACAUGUGUUGCUGAAUAUUGUCAUGAAGAUUAUGCUGUUUAUGCAAUAAUUUGUGAACAUGUACAGAAUUUUAUAUAAAUUUCAAACAAUUUUUAAAAACAGAACUGCUGUGAACACAAACAUCUUUAAAAAGGAAUCAAAGGAAAGUAACUUUAUGACAUAGCAAACAGAACAUGCUACAUCUGAAAGACAUUCUGAAGAGUCUGUUUUUCCAACUUUUGGAGAGAAAUCUUAAUUAAAAAAACUGGUUUUACAACACAGUGCCCUGUUUACAACAGAUUAUACUCUCAUCUACAGCUGCGGAUAAAAGAUUAAUUUCAAGGAAGGGUUUUCUGUAAAAAUAAUUGUCUGUACAAUAGUGGGUGUUUCUUGCCUCUCUUAUGAGUGAUGCAUUAGAAGCACAGAAUGUCAACCAUUUGAAUUUGUUUCAUGCCUAAAUCAAAGUGCUUUGAUUAAAUACAUAAUCUGCCAUAUCUUUACAGUAAGUUGGUUAGCAAGUCUGCUAGCUAUUACAGGAAUCACAAGUGCAAAUCAUUAACCAUUUGUACAGUCAGACCUUCGUGGUUUAUUAUAUGAAGUUAACACAAUAAAACUGCUUUGGGUUAAAAGUUUGAGAAUGUGAUUUGAAACUUGAGUAUGGUUCAUGAAGUUAUUUUUUAUAAUGUCUAUUACCUUACUUGAAUUAUUGAAGAUAACAGUAUAUUUUUAAGAAUGCAGUAAUGUGCAUAAAAUUGGUUUUCUCCUUCAUUCCCUACAGUUCUUGGUUGAUUCAGACUCCCAUCUAAAACUGUAUUCUUUCAACUUUUAAACUCAUGGAAUGAAUUGAAAUCAAACGUUCCUUUCCCUUAACACUUUUUAACUUACCAUACCCAAUUCUAUUCUGCCAUACCCAAUUCUGUUCUGUUCUCUAUUACUAAAACUCUGAAGAAAGCAAAGUUAAUUUUUUUUUCACUCACAAAUUAUUUGGGAUUUCAAAGAUCUGUUGGAGAACUGGAGUGGCUUCAGACAGCUUUAAUUGACAUUGUCAAGACCAGUUAUCAGGAACACAUUUUUUUACUGCCUUAACCUGUAGUAUGUAGAAUGUGUCUAGACUUCUGGACAGGAGUUAGUGUUUUUAUAUAAAAAAAUAAAAAUUCAUGCAAGAAUAGCAAUUGUAAAAUAAAGACCAUUUCCCGCUUGAAACUGUUAAUUAAAAUGGUGUUUAAGAUGUGUUGUCAUUUUCAGGCACUGUGUAAUUACAUGGUAUCAAACUGGCAGAUGUGUUUGUGUCUGUAAGGUGCAUGCUCAGCCAUGUACACUGUAAAUAGCCUUUACAAAAAUUUGUUUGAUAAGGAUGGUAAUUAACAUCACCUGGUAAAUUCAGUUCAAGAAGAGCCAAGAUGUAUGUUUUGUUUUUUUUUUUUUAAAUGAUUGACUUCUGGUUUUGUGGCACAAACAGAAUUGUUAACAGCUGUAACACAUGGUACUCAUCAACAACCUUGUACUCUUACUGUACUUGACUGCAGUUCAACAGUAUUGCAGGGCAAGAAUAGUUAAUGCAGCAAGCUGGUUUUAAUUGUACUGAAAAUGCACCUUGCUAAUGGAGAGCUUUCCUAAUAAAUGGAUACUAACUUGCACAGGUAUUAACCCCUGUGUAUCUGGAACAUGUGACACUCUAAAUUGAUUUGUUAAAAUAAAUGGAGCAUAUUGACA